GCCAGUCUCCCGCCGCCGCCGCCGCCGCCGGACGCUCAGAGAGAGGGGCGGCCGGGCCGACUGCGGCUCGGCGGAGCGCGCACGGGGUCGCGGCACCGGGGGCGUCCCCGGCCGGGACGCGGGUCGCAUCGGUGCCCUUGGCGAGCGUCCGGAUCGCAGGCCAUCCGUGCCCAAAGCCCAGAGUACCCCCAGUGCCACCAUGACUGGGCCGCUAAAGAGGAAGUUUGACCAGCUGGAUGAGGACUCCUCCUCGCUCUGCUCCUCUUCCUCCUCCUUGUCCUCGGGCCGCCGUUCUGGCUCCUGCUCCCCGAGCUCUUCCGUCUCCCUGGCCUGGGACUCAGAUGAGGAGAGCCCCUGGGAUCAGAUACCCCUGCCUGACCAUGACUUCUGUGGCCCCCGGAGUUUCACCCCGCUGUCCAUCCUGAAGAGGGCGCCCCGGAAGCGCCCAGGCCGCGUUGCCUUCGAUGGCAUCACCGUCUUCUACUUUCCUCGGUGUCAGGGCUUCACCAGCGUGCCCAGCCGCGGUGGCUGCACUCUGGGUAUGGCCCCCCGCCACAGCGCCUGCCGCCGCUUCUCCUUGGCCGAGUUUGCACAGGAGCAAGCCCGGGCUCGGCGGGAGAAACUGCGCCUGCGCUUGAAGGAGGAGAAGCUGGAAGCCCUGCGAUGGAAGCUCACGGAGGCUGGCGUACCCGAGACGGAGGCCGGCCUGCCACUCACAGUGGACGCGAUCGAUGAUGCCUCCGUGGAGGAGGACUUGGCUGUGGCCGUGGCCGGUGGCCGGUUGGAGGAAAUGACCUUCCUACAGCCCUAUCCGGCCCGGCGCCGGCGGGCUCUGCUGCGGGCUGCUGGAGUGCGGAGGAUCGAUCGCGAGGAGAAGCGGGAGCUGCAGGCCGUGCGCCAGUCCCGCGAGGACUGUGGCUGUCGCUGUGACCGGGUCUGUGACCCGGAGACCUGCAGCUGCAGCCUGGCGGGCAUCAAGUGCCAGAUGGACCACACCGCGUUCCCCUGCGGCUGCUGCCGGGAGGGCUGUGCGAACCCCAAGGGCCGCGUGGAAUUUAAUCAGGCACGGGUGCAGACCCAUUUCAUCCACACGCUCACCCGCCUGCAGCUGGAGCAGGGGGCUGAGAGCCUGGGGGAGCUGGAGGCUCCUGCUCAGGGCGGCCCAGCCAGCCCCGGUGAGCAGGCGCUGGCUCCCACUUUCCCGCCGGCCAAGCCCCCCGCGAGCAGCGAGCUGGGAGACGACAGCUGUAGCAGUGACAUGACGGACUCGUCCACAGCUUCAGGCUCGAGCGAGGCCCCCAGCGGCCCCACCCGCCCAGCCCUGCCCGGCCCCGGCUUCCAGCCUGACAUGGAUGAUGACAGCCUGGCCCGGGUCCUGAGUUUCAGUGACUCGGACCUGGGAGGAGAGGAGGAGGAGGAGGAGGAAGGGGGAGUGGGGACCCUCGACAACCUCAGCUGCUUCCACCCAGCUGACAUCUUUGGGACUGGUGACCCCGGUGGCCCAGCCAGCUGGACCCACAGCUAUUCCAGCUCCAGCCUCACGUCAGGCAUCCUGGAUGAAAAUGCCAACCUGGAUGCCAGCUUCUUCCUAAACGGUGGCCUUGAAGGGUUGGGAGAAGGCAGCCUCCCGGGCACCUCGGUGCCGCCCAGCUUGGACGCUGGCCAGAGCAACUCCGUGGACCUCAGCUUGUCUUCCUGCGACUCCUUCGAGCUGCUCCAGGCCCUGCCAGACUACAGUCUGGGGCCUCACUACACCUCCCGGAAGGUGUCCGACAGCCUGGACAACCUCGAGGCACCCUACUUCCCCUUGCCUGCCUUCUCUCCGCCUGGGGACGCCGGCUCUUGCUUCCUGGAGUCCGUCAUGGGCUUGCCUGACUCAGCCGCCGAGGCCCUGGCUCCCUUCAUAGACAGCCAGUUGCUUGAGGACACCGCCCCGGCGUCUCUGGUGGAGCCUGUGCCCGUGUAAGGCCCCGGGGUACCUUGUCACGGCCCCAAGAGCCCUGUUGCUGCUUUGUUGUAAUUUGGGGGCUCCCUGAGGCCUGUAGGUAAGGGUCUCCCGUUGGCUGGCUCGCCCGUGCGGGCACUCCUGAUUUUUGUGCAACACUCUGGAUUGAUUUAUUUAUUUUUGUAAGUUUCUGUGCCGAAGAGAGGGCGGGGAGGGGGCCUUCCCUUUCCGCCACCCUGCCCCCCCCGCCCCCCAAGCCCACACAGUCUCUCCUUCCACUUCCACGGUGUGUGUGCCAGGAACAGGAGGACGUAAGCCUUCCCUGGAGCUUCGCAGACCCCUUUUCGGUCUUGUAUGAUGUUCCUUAGCCCAAAGACAGCAAGACAGGGCAGCAAUCAGCCACUUCUUACGGCUUCUCCUGCCAUCCUGAGCCCCAGACCCAUGGGUGGCUGCAUUCUCUGGACUGUAAAGACUAUAAUUUAUUUCCAUAAUUUAUUUGGAGACUAGGAGGUGUAGGCCUCUCCCCUCUGGCUGGCGGGCAAUGCUGGGGUUGGGGUGGGACACAGACCCCCGUGAGUCCCUUUUGCCUUGUAGUCCUAUAUCCCUGCCCUUCCUGGGCUUUGGUAUAAACCAGGUGUGGAUUUGGGCCCUGUGGUCUGCUGUGGCAGCUGCCUGGCCCCGGGUGGCUGAGGACAGCGUCCAGGGAGGGGGCUGGGUGGGGCUGACCAACCGUGACCAAAACCUGCCCCACACGGCCUCCUCUUUUUCCUGUCCUCUGCCAUAUCUUCCUCCUCCCCAAAGGUCACAGCCUUCAUUCUGGGCCCAUCAAUGUAGAAGGGAAGCAGGAAGCCCCAGCGAGGGCAAGGGGCUAGCCUCGGGGCCCGCAGCACGCCCCUGACCACUAUCUCAGGGCUUUCUGGGCACCGCAUGCCAGCCUGGGCCGCCUGCCCAUGCCCUGAGGCCACCUGGCUGGGGUGAGGGGCGGCCCCUUGUGGCUUUUAUGCCGUUCGUUUGCUGAUGUUAAGUUUUGCAUCCUAAUUUCUAUAUUGUCCCUGAGUGUUAGAGCUAUAUAAUUUAUUCAUCUUUCUCCAUGUCUGUGCCAAGAAGCCCAGGCUGUGGGCCUGCCUUCUUGCCUAGGAGGCCUUACCAGCCCGCGUGCUUGUGGGAACACCUUGUACCUGAGCUUACAGGUACCAAUAAAGAGGCUCUAUUUUUAA